AUGAUCUGGGCCUAUGUCGGCCUUGAGUUUGUUUGGCGGGAAAAGGCUGAAGCUCAACAACUCAUACGUUUACCAGUGAGUCGAUCAUUUUCCGGAGUUUCCAUCGUGGUCGACCGAUCUGAUCCCUCGGAAAAGCCGCUGACAAGCUCGCUUCCAGCAAGCAACGAGCCACUGAUCUGUAACGGCGCCAUUAGACGGCAAGCAGCUGAAAGAGAGGAUCCAGUCGCCCUAUGUGCGACUGUGCAAGGUGGUGCUGAGAAGGGAGACGAUGUCUUUGCUUUAGCGAGAGAGCCAAGGAUAUUGUUCCGGUUCGAUUUCACCCGAUCAGAUCUUUCCGUGAUGCUUACCGUCGACAUCGAAACAGAGCAUUGUUUGUGGGAGGAUGGUCCAAUGCUAGUGACCCCAAUGAACCUCACAGAAAUCUCAAAUGAACCAGGGAAGUUCAUCGAGUCCGAGUCUCGGAAAAUGCAAGCAGUUCAAGAUCCAAAGCAGAGUAUCACGAGCAUGGAACUUCCCACAGAGAAGACGGAUGAGCUUGCGAGUCCUGAAGCCGUUCCUGCUGCUCAUUCAAAGCACAUUGCAGGCCUUUCUCGAGGAAUAAGUAUCCUGAUGUUUACAUGCGUCAACGUGUGA